AUGGCCUGGCUUGCAUUUAGAGACCGAUUGUCUACUGGGGAUAGAAUGAGGAGCUGGGGUAUUGAGCAGUGUUGUAUGUUUUGUGGAGAGAAAAAUGAAACCAGGGACCACCUGUUUUUUGCUUGUCCGUACUCGUUCACUGUAUGGACGAACACUGCAAAAAGGCUGCUUGGAGGCGCCAUUACGCCUGACCGGACUGAUACCGUAGCAUCUCUUAUGCUCCCUGCUCGUACUCGACAUGAUCAUGUUCUAAAGAUGAUGGUGUUUCAGACAGUCUUCUACUCUGUCUGGAAAGAACGAAACUCGCGGAGGCAUGGAGGAGUCUGGGUCACGACGGAGAAGAUCACUCGAACUAUUGAUAAGCAGAUUAGGAACCGGAUCUCAUCUCUUCGUUAUGUUAAAAAUCAUCCGCUAGAGGGACUAAUGAGAAGAUGGUUUGAAGUGUCCUAG